AUGGCGUCUCCGCUACUCGCGCUGCUAAGAUCAGUCUUUGUAUUGGGCUAUGGUUUAUUUACUAUGGGAGUAUAUUUUGUGGUGGCACUUUACCAUGGCUACCAAUUCAGGAGGACGACUGAGAAAGAGAAAAUGGAGCUGCAGCUCGCACAUCACCUUCAGGCCAUUAGACUGACAUUCGUUCGACAAGCUCACAACCGACUAUGGGACCUGUCCAGGAAAUGCUGGGGAGUAUGGCGCCAUAUCCUCAGCGAGGAAUCCCUGCAAAGUUCAGCGACGCUGGUCGCCGUUGAUCUGCCUGGUUAUGGAGGCUCUGAGAGCUUAGAUAGAUAUUCGGCUACCGCCGUUCUUGAGAACCUUACCGAGUUCAUCAUUGCUAUGAGAAAGAAGUAUGGUAUUGAUGGACCUAUAGCUACUCGUCAGCAGAGGACCAUUAUCAUCGGGCAUGACUGGGGCUGUGUACUUGCUAUGCGACUGGCAGCUGAUGCUCCUCAACUAGCUGAUAGGUUCAUCCUGACAAACGGGCCACUAAUCCCCCUGGCAGUUUCUAACAUCAGUAUUCGGCUGUCAUCCUUAGUGUACAUGCUCAGGUGCUUCCUGCGCUCACCCGUUCGAGAGCGGUCAUUAUUGUUCAAUGCCGCCAAGUCACUAAAGCCCAUAUUAUUUCAAUUGUGGCGUUCGGGAUACAUAUUCGCCUUUCAACUUCCUCCGCUAUUGAUUGCCUACAUUGGCAAUGGAGCAAAUCAAGCAACCCUAAAGCACAUUCAUAAAAUGUCGUACGGCAACCGGAACUACACUCCUACUGACGCCGCAGAGUGCAUGGCAAGCACACUUGGUCCAUCUAUUCACGAACGCAUGACACAAACCGCUGAUGGCCAGGCAUAUGCGGAAUCCGCGGUGACCAGACCGGCGAUCUCAAAGUUCGUCGAAAUGUGCAGCUACUACCGAGACGGCACUGCUACCGCCCCCUGGAAGAAGUCUACUGAGACGGUAACAAGCCUCUGUGGCAUUGCGGAAGAGAACGGAGCUCGGUGCAUCGAUAGUGACGCGAGAAUACUCGACGACGGACCGCCAGGCGCCUUGAAAGCCAGUACGACCGUGGUCUGGGGCCAGAAGGACCAUGCACUCACUCGGGAGCUGUGCCUAGAUGGUAUCUCGGACUAUCUUCCUCAGCGUAGUCAGGUUGUUGAGCUUCCAGUCAGUGCACACUGGACGCCGAUGGAGCUCGAGGGUCGGGUUGCUUUGGUCAAAGUGGCCGAGUGGGCUGUGAACGGCGAGCGUGAAGACAUUGGAGCGGUUGUUGAGACCUGUUAUCCCGAAGCAACGGUGACGGUUCAAAAAUGA